AUGCCACAGUUAGUACAGCAGAUUUUGGACUCCCAAGACAAAAAAGUAAUCCUAAAACAUGUAAAACCUUGCGGUCUGGAGGCAAUGUGUAUAAACCAUGGCAUCGAAUUUGAUUCGGAUUUAAAGCAAAGCACUAAAGACAAGAUGAAAGAGAACGAAGCUUACUUCCUGCAACGUAAACCUGAUGGAAGUAUCCCACAAGAGAUAAAGGAAUACGCAGUCCAAGACGUCACAGUACUCGUGGAUCUGUACAACAAAAUGAAAAGAUAUCCUGGAGAAACCAUGGAACCACUGUACAAACGACUAAUCAAAGUCUCACUCUAUGCGCACUUGAGAGGCGUUGAUUGUAGAAGCAUGUACGAAAGGGAUAAGGCGUUGAUGAAUCACAUUGCCACACCAGACCUUGCGGAACAUGAUGUUUCUCCUAAUUCUAGGCGGCGUUUGAACGGUCGAGGAAACAAACGGAAACCAAGAAAACGUUAA